AACUAUUGGUUCAUGAUGGAGGGUCCAACCCCAGAUGGCUUGUUUUAGAGGGUCACCAUUGAGGUCUUUGUCAUCUCUUUUAACCUUAUGCAACCAAACCCACCUUCCUCUUUUGAUAUAUACGAUCCCUCUCCUUCUGUCAUUGCUUAAAUUCAGAGAGAACAGAGAGAGAGAGAGAGAGAAAGGGAUGACUGUUACAAACUUCAAUUGCUGCCUCAAUCCGCCACCUUCAAAUCAAAACCAUGGUUCAAGCCCUUCUUUGCCCUUAAAGAAAAACCAAGCACUUGCAUGGAACAAAUAUGCUCAUGGAUCAUGGACUAAUCGAUGCGUUUUAGGUAUGAGUUGCGCAAUUGGAUUGGAAAUGGGAACCCUAGUAAGCAACCAAAACUAUGAGGCCAUUGCUAAUGCUAUGCCUUCGCCGUUGGAAAUAGAAACAUAUAGUGAUCAGAGGGUUGAAAAAUGGAGUGACAAAAGAAUAUGCCCACAAUGGAGCCCUAAUUCACAAGAGACCAUUGUGCCUGAAAAUCUCCCAAGAUCAUCUGCUCAAAGGAGAUGGGAAACAGUUGGUUUUUCUAACGAGGAUGCUCCGGCGGUUCAAAUGGUAGUUAGAAAAGGUGGCAACUGCUUUGCUAUGUAGAUUUACAAUUUGACACACCAUGUAUAUGAACCAUCUUGAUAGCCAAAUACAGAAUCAAUGAAAUAUCAUCAAGUAGGCAUUUUAUC